UACAUUUUUUAUGGCUUGUAACUUAGUUUGUUUGAUAGACUGGUGAGUUUGCUGCGAUACUGUCAAAAUGAAUGUCAAAUGUCGCUUGGGCCGGCUAAUGAUUUCUGCUAUAUAAACACUUGCUUGCGUUUGUUUUGGAUAUCAGAUAGGGGCUUCUGUGCUCCUCUGCGGGAGGAAUUCGAGCUUGACAGGCAUUUUAUUCUGUUGUUUUGGCUCGAGAGAGGUAGACAUGGUGGAGUUUGAAAGGGGAAGAGGCACUAGCCUCUGCCCCCGGCUUUUUACAGUGCUACUGGUGGGAUUCAUUGCCAGCAUCAGCAAUGCUGCUUCUGCAAAUGUAGAGGGGGGUCGUAUUUUGAGUGAAUAUGAAGACAAGUCUCCACCAUACUACUACAAGUCCCCUCCUCCCCCAUCACCCUCUCCUCCACCACCACCAUCACCUUCUCCUCCUCCCCCAUACUACUACAAGUCACCUCCUCCUCCAUCCCCUUCACCACCACCUCCUUAUUACUACAAAUCACCACCUCCACCAUCCCCCUCACCUCCACCACCCUACUACUACAAGUCACCUCCUCCUCCAUCCCCCUCGCCUCCACCACCCUACUACUACAAGUCACCUCCCCCUCCCUCACCAUCUCCACCUCCACCAUACUACUACAAGUCUCCGCCCCCUCCCUCACCAUCUCCUCCUCCUCCUUACUACUACAAGUCUCCACCCCCACCAACACCAUCUCCUCCUCCCUAUUACUACAAGUCUCCACCCCCUCCGUCGCCAUCUCCUCCACCCCCUUACUACUACAAGUCUCCACCACCUCCCUCACCAUCUCCUCUUCCCUAUUACUACAAGUCUCCACCCCCUCCUUCACCAUCUCCUCCUCCUUAUUACUACAAGUAUCCUCCACCACCCUCACCAUCACCUCCACCACCAUACUACUACAAGUCCCCACCUCCACCAUCACCUUCCCCUCCUUCUCCCUACUACUACAAGUCCCCACCUCCACCAUCACCCUCUCCUCCUCCCCCAUACUACUACAAAUCACCUCCUCCUCCAUCCCCUUCACCUCCACCUCCUUAUUACUACAAGUCACCCCCACCACCCUCACCUUCACCCCCACCUCCCUACUACUACAAGUCUCCUCCCCCACCAUCCCCUUCACCCCCACCUCCCUACUACUACAAGUCUCCUCCCCCACCAUCUCCUUCACCCCCUCCACCAUACUACUACAAGUCUCCUCCUCCACCAUCACCUUCAGCCCCACCUCCCUACUACUACAGAUCUCCUCCCCCACCAUCUCCUUCACCCCCUCCACCAUACUAUUACAAGUCUCCUCCACCACCAUCACCUUCACCCCCACCUCCCUACUACUACAAGUCUCCUCCCCCACCCUCACCAUCACCUCCACCACCAUACUACUACAAGUCCCCACCUCCUCCAUCACCUUCCCCUCCUCCCUACUACUACAAGUCUCCACCUCCACCAUCACCCUCUCCUCCUCCCCCAUACUACUACAAAUCACCUCCUCCUCCAUCCCCUUCACCUCCACCACCUUAUUACUACAAGUCACCACCUCCUCCAUCACCAUAUUCUCCUCCACCAUACUACUACAAAUCUCCUCCUCCACCCUCACCUUCACCCCCACCUCCCUACUACUACAAGUCUCCUCCCUCACCGUCCCCUUCACCCCCUCCACCAUACUACUACAAGUCUCCUCCCCCGCCAUCUCCUUCACCCCCUCCACCAUACUACUACAAGUCUCCUCCCCCACCCUCACCUUCACCCCCACCUCCCUACUAUUACAAGUCUCCUCCCCCGCCAUCCCCUUCACCCCCACCUCCCUACUACUACAAAUCUCCUCCUCCGCCAUCUCCUUCACCACCUCCACCAUACUACUACAAGUCUCAUCCUCCACCAUCGCAUUCACCCCCACCUCCCUACUACUACAAGUCUCCUCCCCCACCCUCACCUUCACCACCACCUCCUUACUAUUACAAGUCUCCUCCCCCACCUCCCCCACCAUCUCCUUCACCACCUCCACCAUACUAUUACAAGUCUCCUCCUCCCCCAUCACCUUCACCUUCACCCCCACCUCCCUACUACUACAAGUCUCCUCCACCGCCCUCACCUUCACUCCCGCCUCCCUACUACUACAAGUCUCCUCCGCCGCCCUCACCUUCACCCCCGCCUCCCUACUACUACAAGUCUCCACCCCCUCCUUCACCAUCUCCUCCUCCUCCUUAUUACUACAAAUCUCCUCCGCCACCCUCACCAUCACCUCCACCAUCACCUUCCCCUCCUCCUCCCUACUACUACAAGUCCCCACCUCCACCGUCACCCUCUGCUCCUCCCCCAUACUACUACAAAUCACCUCCUCCACCAUCCCCUUCACCUCCACCUCCUUAUUACUACAAGUCACCCCCACCACCCUCACCUUCACCCCCACCUCCCUACUACUACAAGUCUCCUCCCCCGCCAUCCCCUUCACCUCCACCUCCCUACUACUACAAGUCUCCACCACCUCCAUCUCCUUCCCCACCACAACCAUACCACUACAGCUCCCCACCUCCUCCAUCUCCUUCUCCUCCUCGACCAUACUAUUACCAAUCUCCACCUCCACCAUUAUAGACUCCUGUCACCAAGAUUGUUGCCUUCCACUAGAUCAUAAAGCAUACGAUACAAUAAGUGUCUACUCACAUAAAACAACUAUCCUUGGGACAGAGGCACCUCCAUUUCAUUUAUUGUUUGUCAAUGUAGCUGUUAUUACAAUAACACUGUUGAGAAGGUUCAUCGUGUAUGUCACUGCAUGUUCUGUGAGCUUCAGAAGAUCAGUAUUGCAAGCUAUACUCGUUAGUAAUAGGUUGAUUGGUAUUGCUUUCAUUCAGAUGGGGCAUUUGAAGAGAAGUAGAAGCAGUGAAAGAUAGGGUUCUC